AUGGAGUCCAAGGGUUUCAAAGUCAUCAUUGUCGGCGGAUCUAUUGCUGGUCUUACCUUGGCCCACACUCUCAGCAGAAUUGGUAUCGACUAUGUGGUCUUGGAAAAGCGAGAGUAUGUCGCUCCCAAGGAGGGUGCUUCCAUUCUUAUCCUCCCUCAUGGAGGUCGCAUACUGGAGCAGCUCGGACUUUUCAAGAUAAUCGAACAGUCAAGCGAACCAUUGCAUACUGCUCAUAUUCACUUUCCCGAUGGGUUUGAGCACACCAAUACAUCUCCCGGGGUAUUCAAUGACAGAUUUGGGCUUCCUCUUGCCUUUUUGGAACGACAAAAGAUGUUAGAGAUUCUCUUUGACAACCUACCUGACAAAUCAAAGAUCUUGUGUGGAAAAAAGAUCACACAAAUUGAGGAUUUCGAGGACGCCGUGACUGUUCAUACAGAUGAUGGGAAUAUGUAUAAAGGUGACCUGGUGGUGGGAGCAGAUGGCGUACACAGUCGAGUACGUGCGGAAAUGUGGCGACUAGCGGAGGAAACCAAACCAAGCGUUAUCUCUGCAGCAGAAAGAAAAAGUAUGACGGUGCAGUACGUCUGUGCUUUCGGCAUUUCUAGCGAUGUGGCUGGCCUGGUGCCUGGGGAGCAAGUGUGCAGCUUCAACGAUGGUAGAUCUUUCUUAACGUUCCCAGGAAAGGAUGGACGUGUCUUCUGGUUCUUGGUAAAGAAGUUGGAGCAGAAACACCCGUACAGCCAUGCUCCGCGAUUCUCAUCAAAGGACGUCGAGCCGAUUUGUCGCCCAUUUAUGAAUGAUAAAAUUCUUGAGAACGUUCGUUUCAGUGAUUUGUGGACCCUCAAAAAGGCGUGUUCAGUUAUUGCUUUGGAGGAGAAUGUGUUCCAAACAUGGGGCUAUCGGCGCAUAGUGUGCAUCGGAGAUAGCAUGCACAAGAUGACACCAAACACAGGGGAGGGGGCAAACUGUGCCAUCGAGGAUGUUGCAGCGCUAGCGAACAUGCUGAAUGCACGCGGGGUUACGAAUGGGAGACUUUGCAAGCUCUCAACUGAAGAGCUGAGUACUCUGUUUGAGGACUAUAGUAAAACCCGGUUUGAUCGCAUCAGUUCAAUAUAUAAUAUCUCGCGCCUCGUAGUACGUCUUCAUAUCCGGGAUACCUUGCUCCUGCGCCUACUUGGACGAUACUACAUGCCUCAUUCUGGAGACCUGCCUAUGAAUGUGGCUUCGAAAAUGAUUGCAGGGGCCGUGGCAUUGGAUUUUCUUCCACUCCCAUCUCGGUCAGGCCCUGGCUGGAAGAUUUAUAAGACGAGGAAAAGCAUCCCAAGAUGGGUGACUGUGGUAGCUGCAACUUCAAUAAUGCUGAUGGUGUCAAUGUGCUUGCGCAAGUUUGUGCUGGAGAAAUAG